AUGAGCGCCGCUAUCACCAACAUGGCCUUCAUGUUUGGCGCCAUGCAGGUCGCCAAGCGCAUCCCCUUUGACGACAACCCGGACUACGUCCUCUACGCCCGAGGAUUCUACGUGGCCGCCCAGCUCACCUGCCUGGCCAUCUUCUACUUCUGCUCGAUGCGAGUCAAGAAGGCCAACGACCUCACCGUCAUCAAGUACGUCAAUGCCAAGAACCCCAUGUCCCAGGAGCCUGGCGAGCUCGUGACGACCACCAACCGCGACUACGACCUGGCCGAGAUCAGCAAGUCGAUGCGCGGCGUCAUGAUGGGCGUCCUCAUGGUCGGCUUCAUGCACCUCUACCUUGGCUACACCAACCCUCUCGUCAUCCAGUCGAUCCUGCCCGUCAAGAACGCGCUCGAGUCCAACAUGGCCAAGAUUUGGGUCUGGGGUCAGCCCGCCACCGGCGACCUCAAGCGCCCCUUCAAGGCCCCCCCGGGUCUCUUCGGCAUGAUGGGCCAGCAGGGACCCCAGACCGACAAGGCCACCAUCAAAGAGGCCGAAAAGGCCGGCGUCACCAAGAAGGACGAGUAG